AUGAGACGGAGGUCAGUUGAUCGUCGUGGUCUCACCAUCAGGCCACGGGACUCCUCUCCAAGAAGACGACAUCGUUCUCGCGAUUCCCGCGAUCGUGAACACAGGAGAAGGCCACCACCACCAUUUGAGCAUAAUGACUUUGAAGCUGUGGAUAUGCAAAUAAGCAACGGUUCGGAUGACGAAGAAAUCAACCCCAUGCGUUUCAUUGACACCGACUUUGAUCCGCAUCGAGGGCGACAUCGAAAUUCGAUUGAGCGUGAAAUGUCGAUGGCACCUUCGGAGGGACGUAUUCGUGAAGGAAUUGUGUUCGAAUAUGUCAAUUAUUACGAAUUCCUUCGAUGUUGGUUGGAAGAAAGCAAUAAUAUUCUUUUCAAGCUAAGCAAAUCGCCAUUGUCGAAGAGAGUCAGUGAGACGAUUACACCAACCACACAUGCGGAGAAGUCGCGCAUCAUACUUCCUGCGGGUGUAUUUGACAGGGAUGAACUUCUUCACUGUGAUAUGAUAAUUACUGGCCUUCCUCCGAGCGUAUUCUUUGGCAGUGGUUUCGGACAUAAGUCAAGUUUUGCGAGAAACGCUGCCGCAAAGGAUCUAAUUGAUAAAUGCUACCGUAUAGGGUUAAUUACGGAGGCACUGCAUACGUCCAUAGGGAAUCAUCCAUUUUUCAAAAAGAAAGAACUUCCAAGAAGAGACUAUUCAUUGGCUGUGGAUGCGCUUGUAGACCUCGAUAGGAAAAUAUCCAGUGAAAAUUGGCCAUGGGACCUCUGCAUCGCUAGAGAGUUGGAACCAGAUACUCUCGACCGAUUAAGGGCUGUGUUCACUGCGGUUAUGGACGACAUCUAUUUUCGUGGUCGUGAACAUCGCAGAAACGAAUAUCACAACUCACAAAUGGCAACAAACGGGUCGGUGGCUACUCGUCUUAAUGACAGUCAGGAGAAGAUGGAAUUCUGUCGCCGUUGCAAUUUGUACGGUCAUAUCGAGAGGUACUGCCGAGAAGGUCGUAGUGACAGUAGGGAGAGAUUUCGAGCUAGGUCGCCACCACCACCUCGUAAUCCUAGGAUGGACUAUCUUGAUGAACGUGACCAUCUCACUGAAAGAUACGAUCGUUCCAACGACAUGGAAAGCGAUGCAGGGCGCUACACUCCUGACGAAAUCGCCCAGAAAAUUGCUCAGCAACGGGAAGAUUUGCUUCGACGUGAGAUGAUGUUUCGCCACUCAGAAUCAGCCGAAAGCUGGGUUCAUAGACGAGUCCCACCACAAUCGUUGUUUUCUCCAAUAGAACCUGCUGUUAUGCCACAACCACUUCUUUCACUCAAUGGUAGCUCUGUUGAUAUGCUCGGUAAGGUUCAUCAGCGAGGAAGCCCUAGACCACCAGGUGAUCCCAUGUUACUUGAGGAACAGUUGCGAGCUGCUCAAGGUGAAAAAAUGCGGGCGAAGUUAGAAGCUAAGGCACGAAUGUUGGAAGAAGAUAAACGACUGAAGCAAAAAGAGGAGGAACUAGAAUGGCGUAUGCAAAAAGAGCUUGAAUUAAAAAAACGAGCUUUGGAAGUGGAAAUCCGCAGGAAGGUACAGCUUGAGGAGCGAGCGAAGCUUCAGAUGGAACUUUCGCGGACAUAUCAACAAGCGAUGCACCAAGUAGACCAACCGUUUUCUAGUUUCCCGUCACAGAAUCUCAUGAGUUCGGCGUAUCCGUUUCCUUCGUUUUCAUCUACAUUCGCUCCUCUGACAACUUCAACGUUAAACGGAUCUGAGGGAAAUUCUUAUUCAUCAGCUCCAGAUUUUGAAAUGGAGGAAAUAAAACGUCUUGUUAAGGAAACCGAGGAAAAACUUCUGGAUCUGCAACGUAAUUGUCGUGAGGCAGAGUUAUCUGCUAUUUUCCAAUCACAUGCUUUUCAGAUGGUUGCACAAGUAGGUGACAAUGCUCAUAUGCUAGAUCGGAGUCAGAAGCAAAACCUCUUGCGUGAGUUGAAAGAACUUCUAAGUCAGGCAGGAGCUAAAGAAAGGGAAAAGAGAAGCAGCGAACGCCGUAGAAGCCGAAGUAGAGAUCGAGAGUCGCGACGUGAACGUAGCCGUGAUCGUCGUGAUCGAGGUUCCUCUCGACGUUCUCGAUCAAGAUCUAGACUUCGUGACUCUUAUAAAAGAUGGAAGGAAAGUAGCGACUUCAAAGAAGUACGAGUCCAAGUUGGCAACAUUACUCUACGGAAUCUCUCACCCGUUGAACAACGUGCUUUAAAAGUGGGAGAAAUCGUCGUUGCUCAAGACAUGAAGACUGGAAAGUGGACUACGGCUCGUAUUGUCAAAGUGGUGGGAAAGAGAGCUACUCUGGGUAUUGGUAACACUACGUGGAAAAAGGAUCUCAACGAACUUUACAAAGAAGUCCCGGAUUGGUCUGCAUGA